UGGUUUCGCAGCUCAGCGCGUUUGUUCUCGUUCAGUGUGUGUUUGUGUGUUGACUGCAGCGGUGAUCUCAAUUAACGAUAAACGAACAUGUCUGUGGCUUUCGCACCGCUCCGGCAGCGUGCUAAAGGCGAUAUAACGCCUGCCGGGAUACAAAAGUUGCUGGAUGAAAACAAUCAGUUGAUUCAGUGCAUCAUGGAUUUCCAGAGUAAAGGGAAAACAGCUGAAUGUUCACACUACCAACAGAUGCUACACAGAAAUCUAGUGUAUCUGGCCACAAUAGCAGACUCCAAUCAGAACAUGCAGUCUCUGCUUCCCGCCGUGAGUAUUUAUUCCCAGUCUCCCAUCUGAUACA